UCUGCCCACCCGGCUCUGCCUCACUGCCGGCUCCCACUCUCCUCUCCUCCUGUGGACAGACAGCUCAGCCCAGCCAUGUCUCCCAGCUCCAAUGAGCUGAUUUUCUUCGUGAAUGGGAGGAAGGUGACAGAGAGCAAUGUGGACCCAGAAGUGACCCUGCUGACCUUCCUGCGGAGGAACCUGGGCCUCACAGGAACCAAGUCAGCCUGUGGAGGUGGAGGCUGCGGUGCCUGCACCGUGAUGCUGUCCCGGCAUGACCCAGCCUCGGGGAAGCCAAGACACUUCUCCGUGACCGCCUGCCUAGUGCCCUUGUGCUCGCUGCACGGGGCGGCCGUCACCACCGUGGAAGGCGUGGGGAGCAUCAGGACCAGGGUCCACCCCGUGCAGGAGAGGGUCGCCAAGAGCCACGGCACGCAGUGCGGCUUCUGCACCCCCGGGAUGGUGAUGUCGCUGUACACGCUGCUACGCAACCACCCGCAACCCACAGAGGAGCAGCUCCUGGAGGCCCUGGCGGGGAACCUGUGUCGCUGCACCGGGUACCGGCCCAUCCUCGAGAGUGGCAGGACCUUCUGCUCGGCCUCGGGCAGCUGUGGGCAGAGAGCAGCAGGACAGUGCGGCCUGGACCAGCCAGGGGACGACUCCUGGCCGGCAGGGAACAGCGGCCUGCCUGCUCCUAUGUGCUCGGAGUUGUUCACCACGGCCGAGUUCCAGCCCCUGGACCCGACCCAGGAGCCCAUCUUCCCCCCGGAGCUUGCACGGAUGGCAGAGAGCCCAGAACGACACACACUGACCUUCCGUGGGGACAGAGUCACCUGGGUCUCCCCUGGGACCCUGCAGGAGCUCCUGGGGCUGCGGGCACAGCACCCCAACGCCCCGCUGGUGCUGGGCAACACGGCCCUGGGUGAGUGGACGCCGCCCAGGGCUCCCGGCGCCACACCGGACGCGGAGGGGCGCCAUGGCCCAAGCCUCGGGUGGCUGCCAGGCCCGCAGGGUCCAGGCGCUGUUCGCAACUCCCGGCCAGGGAGCCGGCUGAAGGGUUGUAGGACAGCCAUCCGCCCAGCGCCCCCCCACCCUCUGUCCCCAAGAGGCCCCAAAGCCCAAGCAGACCCUUCGCCUGACAGACAAGAAGCCCAGGCGCAGGAGCUGGAGGCCCUCUGCCUGGGCUGGGGUGCAGGGUGCCCAGCAGAGGAACUGCAGAGCUCAGGGCGGCUGUGCCAGAUCAGGCGGCUGGGCGGCGAUGCCUUUGCCCUGCACUGCUGCCCCAUCAGGCUGAGCCCUGAGUCACGUGGCAGCCGUGGUCAGCAGAGAGCCAGGGCCCUGGAGGACCCGCCCUCCUGUCGCCGCUGUGGUCCUCCUCUCCACCUCGGUGGCCCGGCUCCUGCCUUGGCUGCGGGGAUCCCUUGGGGCCCCUACGUAGCUCCAUCAAGCCGAGCUUGCCCAGCCGGUGUCCCCAGCAGCACCCCCUCCCCAGGCCUGACCAUUGGCGCUGGCUGCAGCCUGGCCCAGGUACAGGACAUCAUGGCCAAGAGCAUCUCUGAGCUCCCGGAGCAGAAGACGCGGACGCUCCGAGCCCUCUCCAAGGCCCUGCACAGCCUGGCCGGCCAGCAGAUCCGCAACCUGGCGUCCUUAGGGGGGCACGUCGUGAGCCGGCACAGCUACUCCGACCUGAACCCUGUCCUCGCUGUGGGCCGGGCAGCCCUCAACCUUCGGUCCGAAGGGGGUGCAAGGCUGGUCCCCCUGGAUGAGCACUUCCUGGCUGGGGAGGCAAAGGCAGGCCUGCAGCCUGGAGAGAUCGUGGAGUCCGUGCACAUCCCCCACACACGGCAGAGGGAAUUCGUGUUCGGCUUCCGGCAGGCUCAGGCCCGGCAGAACGCCGUGCCACAUGUGAGCGCUGGCAUGCGCGUGCUGUUCAAGGAGGGCACAGACACCAUUGAGGACCUGAGCAUCGCCUAUGGCGGGGUGGGCACCACCACCGUCAUGGCGCCACGGUCCUGCCAGCAGCUCCUAGGCAGGCCCUGGACGGAGGUGACACUAGACGAGGCCUGCAGGCUGGUGCUGGGUGAGGUCGCCAUGCCCGGCUCGGCCCCCGGCGGCCGGGUGGAGUUCAGGAGGACCCUGCUGGUCAGCUUCCUCUUCAGGUUCUACCUGCAGGUCCUGCACGAGCUGAAGAUGUGCUGGCUCCCCCGGCCCCUGAGUGACAGCUGCUGGUGUCCCCACCUCCCAGACCGGUUCCUCAGCGCGCUGGAGGACUUCCCGGUCACCGUGCCCCGGGGCGUGCAGACGUAUCAGAGUGUGGACCCUCAGCAGCCGUCCCGAGACCCCGUGGGCCGCCCUGUCAUGCACCUUUCGGGCCUGAAACACGCCACGGGGGAAGCUGUGUUCUGCGACGACCUCCCCAGGGUGGACAGAGAGCUGUGCAUGGCCCUGGUGACGAGCAGCAGGCCUCACGCGAAGAUCCUGUCGGUGGACCCGUCCGAGGCCCUCAGGCUGCCCGAGGUGGUCAGUGUGAUAACAGCCGAGGACAUUCCAGGCACCAACGGCGCUGAGGACGACAGGCUGCUGGCUGUGGAUGAGGUGCUGUGCGUGGGCCAGAUCAUCUGCGCCGUGGUGGCAGAGACAGACAUGCAGGCAAAGCGGGCGGCUGCAGAGGUUAGGGUCACCUACGAGGACCUGCAGCCCAGCAUCUUCAGCAUUCAGGACGCCAUAAUGCACAGCUCCUUCCUGUGCCCCGAGAAGAAGCUCGAACGAGGAAGCGUUGCGGAGGCCUUUGGGGAAGUGGACCACGUCGUGGAAGGAGAGGUGCACGUCGGGGGGCAGGAGCAUUUCUACAUGGAGACGCAGCGGGUGCUUGUCGUUCCCAAGGCUGAGGACCAAGAGCUGGACAUCUUCGUGUCCACCCAGGACCCAGCCCACGUGCAGAAAACCGUGUCCUCGACCCUGAACGUGCCCCUCAACCGGGUCACCUGCCACGUGAAGCGCGUGGGUGGAGGCUUCGGGGGCAAGGUGGGCAGGCCGGCCUCGCUGGGUGCCAUCGCCGCGCUGGGCGCAGUCAAGACUGGUCGUCCUGUUCGCCUCAUCCUAGAUCGUGAAGAGGAUAUGUUAAUAACUGGGGGAAGGCACCCAUUAUUUGGAAAAUAUAAAGUGGGCUUCAGGAGCAGCGGGCGGAUCAAAGCGCUGGACAUCGAGUGCUACAUUAACGGGGGCUGCACGCUGGAUCACUCCGAGGUGGUAACAGAAUUUCUCCUACUAAAGCUGGAAAAUGCAUAUAAAAUCCGAAACCUCAGGCUCCGGGCCCGGGCGUGCAGGACCAACUUGCCGUCCAACACGGCCUUCCGCGGGUUUGGCUUCCCGCAAGGCGCACUGGUAACGGAAUCGUGCAUCACAGCCAUGGCAGCCAAGUGCGGUCUUCCACCAGAGAAGGUCAGGGAGAAGAACAUGUACCGGGCCGUGGACAAGGCUGUCUACCAGCAGGCGUUCAGCCCUGAGCCCCUGGCCCUCUGCUGGGCCGAGUGCCUGGCCCGGGCCGACCUCCAGGCCCGACGGGAGCAGAUCGAUGCCUUCAACCAGCAGAGCCGCUGGAGGAAGCGAGGCAUCGCCGCUGUGCCCAUGAAGUUCUCCGUUGGCUUUGCAGCCUCCAGCUACCACCAGGCAGCGGCGCUCGUGCAUGUCUACACAGACGGGUCUGUGCUGGUCACCCAUGGCGGGAACGAGCUGGGGCAGGGGAUCCACACCAAGAUGCUUCAGGUGGCCAGCCGCGAGCUGCAGAUCCCCAUGUCCCGGCUACACAUCCAGGAGACCUGCACGGCGACCGUGCCGAACACAGUGGCUACCGCAGCGUCCAUCGGCGCUGACGUUAACGGCAGGGCUGUGCAGAAUGCCUGUCAGACCCUUCUGAAACGCCUUGAGCCCAUCAUUAAGAAAAAUCCGGAAGGCAUCUGGGAAGACUGGAUAGAUGCAGCAUUUGAACAAAGAAUCAGCCUCUCGGCCACUGGAUACUUCAGGGGCUACAAGGCCUUCAUGGACUGGGAGAAGGGGGAGGGAGACCCCUUUCCAUACUACGUCUUCGGGGCUGCCUGCUCUGAGGUGGAGAUCGACUGCCUGACGGGAGCGCACAGGAAGCUCAGGACAGACAUCGUCAUGGACGCCGGCUGCAGCCUGAACCCAGCCAUCGAUGUGGGUCAGGUGGAAGGUGCCUUCCUCCAGGGCGCUGGCCUCUACACCUCGGAGGAGCUGCACUACUCGCCAGGGGGCGCCCUGCUGUCCCGCGGGCCCAAUGAGUACAAGAUCCCCACCGUGGCCGACAUCCCCGAGGAGUUCAACGUGACUUUGCUGCCGUCAUCACCGUCACAGACCCAGCUCACCAUCUACUCGUCCAAGGGCCUCGGGGAGUCCGGGAUGUUCCUCGGGUCGUCUGUGUUCUUUGCCAUCGGCGACGCGGUAGCUGCAGUGCGCAGGGACAGGGACCUUGCUGAGGACUUCACGGUGAGGAGCCCAGCCACGCCGGAAUGGGUGCGCAUGGCCUGCGUGGAUCGCUUCACCGAGAUGAUCCCGAGGGACGACCCUGGGACGUUCAAGCCUUGGUCUGUCCCUAUCGCAUAACCCUCCACCGUCUCCUGAGAGGUGAGCUCCCCAUAAGGUACGUGACAAUCACACUAGGGGAGACAAUGACAGCAACCCCGUCCCAAAGAAAACAGGCAGCCAGCUCCACGGUCCCCACGCUCUGCUCCCCAUUGUGCCAACUGCACAGCCUCUCAUGCGGCCUCCUGAAUCCUCCAACACGAAGUAUG